CCGUUCCUCUUUCUAUCCUUCGCCCCGGCGAUACCGUUCCUACUCGUGUCUUUACAGCCCGUGUUGCUUCUGCUAAUUCUGGGGAUACCAUGGAUAACAUCCCCCUCCGCCGUCGUCGACCUGCCUUUGGCUCGUUAGAUGAGCCAGAGGAGGAUGAGGUCACUUCCUCUCAACCCAAUUUUCCUGUAUCUUCGACCAUUCCUCCUUCUUCUUCUCAGCCUGGUGCAUCAAACUCUCCUUCCAACAAAACCUCGACCGAAAACACCCGCAGAGCUUCCACUAAGCACCCUUCUCUCUCCCAUAAAUGGUAUUCUCCUGAUAAGAUCGUCCACCCCAGCGGUUGGUCAGAAGCCGCCCUCGCGGUAAAGGAGGUUGUGGUGGCCGAAAAAGAAACCACGCUAAAGGAGAAGGAGGCUGCACUCGAGCAGGAGCGGGCUGCUCGAGCGCAAGCGGAAGCUGCUCGAACUCAGGUGGAGGCUGCCCAAGCCCAGGCAGAGGCCACUCGAGCUGAGCUGGAGGCGACCCUGGCUACAGAGAGGGCUGCCCAUGCUGAGGAGAAACAACGCUACGCAAAUGCCACUGCUCUUCGAGCGAGGGAAAUGCUCUGGGCGACAACAACUGGGCAGCUCUUCCUCCGUGAGAAUUUUGCACAAGUGGGGGCUGACUUCAUGCAGUCGCCACAAUUUUUAAA